UCCUGUCAGCCGCUGUCGGCUGGGCCGGGGCCGCGCCGCGCUCCGCCCGGCAGCCCCCGCAUGCAGCGCGUAGGCGCCAGUUGCUGCCGGGCCCCGCGCUCAUGGCGCUGCCGGCGCUGCCCGGCUCGGGGGUGCAGUUCCGGAGGAUCCUGGCUCACUUCCCUCAGGAGCUCAGCCUGGCCUUCGCCUAUGGGUCCGGGGUCUUCCGACAGGCGGGGGCCGCCCCCAGCCAGAGCGUGCACAAUAUGCUGGACUUCGUGUUUGCUGUAGAUGAUUCUGUGACUUGGCAUAUGAUGAACCUGUUAAAGAAUAGGAGUCAUUAUUCCUUCCUAAAACUUUUUGGGCCAAAGCAAAUCAGUAAUAUACAGAGCUGUGGAGCAGGGAUUUACUACAAUACUUUAGUGCAAUGUAAUGGUAGGAUGAUAAAAUAUGGCAUAAUUGGCACCGAUGCCCUGAUUGAAGACCUGUUUCACUGGAAAACUCUCUAUGUUGCCGGACGUCUGCAAAAGCCGGUGAAAAUACUGACACAGAAUGAAAAUGCCAAGCUGCAGGCUGCCCUACUUAGCAAUCUGAAGAGUGCAGUCACAGCAGCCUUUCUCAUGUUGCCAGAAAGUUUCUCUGAAGAAGACCUCUAUAUGCAGAUUGCAGGACUCUCCUACUGUGGUGAUUUCAGAAUGAUAAUUGGAGAAGACAGGUCAAAGGUGCUAAACAUAGUGAAACCGAAUGUGCCCCAUUUUCAGAAGCUCUACAGUAACAUAUUACAGGAGUGCCCUCAAGUGGUGUAUAAGCACCAGCUGGGAAGGCUAGAGAUCGAUAAAAGUCCAGAAGGUCAAUUCAUGCAGCUAAUGGCUUUGCCGAGGACUCUUCAACAAAAGAUAACUUCUUUUGUGGACCCUCCUGGGAAGAACAGAGAUGUGGAAGAGGUUUUACUGAAAGUGGCCCAUGACCCUGACUGUGGAUUAGUGGUACAUCAGGGCAUUUCAGGAAUUGUGAGAUCUUCCAGUCUAAUACAGAGUUCUAAAACCAUACUAACAGCUGGGUUCAAGAAAUCAGUGACUUACAGUAUGAAGAAAAUGUAUAAAAUGACAAAAGGAUGGCUAAGGAAGACUUCCUGAUGUCCAAGUUGUGUACAUACUAUGUAUAGAGUGGGAUCCAUCAAGAAUACAUUUUUCUCUCUCACAACCCAGAAAAUACUUAAUGAGAGAGAGGCAUUUUGGAGGAUAUAUUUCACUGUGUGUGCCAUGUCUGGGAGCGUAGGUAACUGAAGAGUUACGAGCCGGUAAGGUAUCUUAAAGGUCAGCCAUUCUUGGCAAUCCUUUUAGUUGACAGCAACAUAACUCACAAUCAAGUAGUGGCUGGGAGGUUAUAUUUCAAAACAAGGUCAAUUUUCAUUAAGCUUCUGGGUCCAGUAAUGUGUAAGUUACACAAUAUAUUUUAAGUGUUCUGCACUACCAACUCACAAAGUACUUUAAAAUCAGUCUGGUUAAAAUCAUGGAAAUUGUUGUUAGUUACAGUAUAAACUACUUGAUUAAUGUAAAUUGUAAAAUGUGUGUGAAAAUAUUGACCAUAAGGAUAGAACCUAUUUUCCUCCAAUUAAUCAGAUCAGCUUUACAAAAGAGAUUCAACUACCAUAUUCCUAUUACUUGUCAAUAAGUUAUUAAAGAUGCGGUCAGUGGAGGCAUUGACCUUUUAAUGUAAAGAGAAUCUUUGAUAUGGUGUUCUAGAUGUAUCUGCUGUAGAUAAUGGGAAUGUUUGAGAAUUCAUUUUUCUCUUCGGAUCAAGUGGCUUUACUUACUUGCUUAUCCAAAAAUGACUUUUCUUAACAGGUGUUCUCCAUAUGAAGGGUCUUGACAGGCAUCCUUUUUCUCACUAUUUGAUCUGGUUUUAAAGCCAGUGGCAGUUGCAAUAAGGGAAAAACAUUAAUAUAAAGAGGUUAGGAAUUUAAAAGUAACUUUCCCACAGACUAUAUCUUUUGUUGCAUAACCUUAAUUUCUGAAAUCUAUCAUUUGAUUUCAUUUAAUUAGAAGUUUUAGGAAAAUCUUAAAUUACAAAAGGAAUUUUAGGGUGUAAAACUAGCUGUUACCUAUUUCCAAGGAGUAAUUUAAGUGUAUCAUGCAGCUUGGCAAUUUGAGUGGGAAGCUGAGGAAAUAACAUACUGUAAGAUCAACAAGGAGUCUGGUGGCACCUUAAAGACUAACAGAUUUAU